AUGGCGCCGCGGGCGCUGCCGCUGCUGCAGCCGGGGCGGCGGCCGCACCCGGGACAGUGGUACCAGCUGAGCCCGCACGGGGAGCGGCCCCGCGGCCGCGUGGGACUCGGCUGCCUCCUCCUGCCCGGCCGCGUCCUGCUGCUGGGCGGUGCCGACCCCGCCGGGGCCUUCGCGGACGCGCAUUUCGUGGAGCUGGCCUCGCUCCGCUGGGUCCCCGCCGGCUGGCGCGGACUGAGGCCGCGCUACGAACACGCCACGUUCCUGCCCGCCACCGGCCCCCCGCGCCUCUGGGUGUUCGGCGGUGCCCAGCCCGCGGGGAACCGCAGCUGCGUUCAGGUGCUGGACCCCGAAAUAGGAACGUGGGAGAGCCCUGAAGUGAGGGGGGUGCAGCCACAACCUCGGACAUUCCACACCUCCUCGGCGGCCAUCGGGGCCCGUCUGUUCGUGUUCGGGGGUGGAGACAAGGGGGCAGAGCCGGUUAAAGACCAGCGGCUUCACGUGUUCGACACAGCCACCCUGACCUGGUCCCAGCCAGAGACUCACGGUGAUCCUCCUUCUCCUCGGCACGGACAUGCCGUGGUUGCAGUUGGGACCAAACUCUUCAUCCAUGGAGGUUUAGCUGGAGAUGUUUUUUACAAUGACCUGUUCUGCAUCGAUACAAAUGACAUGAGGUGGGUGAAGAUCCCAGCCACUGGGGACAUCCCUGGAGGACGGGCAUCCCACUCCUCUGCAGUGUUCCAGGACCACUUGUACAUUUUUGGUGGAAUAGGUCCAGAUGGGACGCUGGAUACUACCUACAAGUAUCACACAGGAAGGCAACAGUGGACACUCCUGCAGUUUGAAUCUCCUUUGCCCAGUGGGAGGCUGGACCACGCCAUGUGUGUCAUUCCCUGGCAAGCUGAGGCGCACAGGGACACAGGAGAGACCCCAGCAGGUGACAGAGCCGAGCCCCUCCAGCAGGGCCUGGGUGAGGGCUGUGCUGAGGACACCUCUGUCCAUCUGCUGUUCGUGUUUGGGGGGAUGGACACAGAGGGGCAGAUACACAGGGACUGCCUGGUCACCCUCAUCGAGUAGUGUUCCACAGCCCCAGCUUCCUCCUGCGGGGUUAAUUCUGUCCCUGAAGCCUGUCCUGACCUUGGGCAGCUGGACAGGGGCUCUGCCUGAACACGGUGCUGCUGCAGCCCCAGCCCAGGGGACCAGGGCAGGAGCCAAGGUGCUUCAAGGCACUGCUGGAGCUGGCACCUGACAAGGUCAUUCUGGACUUAACUAAUCCCAUGGAUUGGAUAAGGAUCAGUUAAAUAAAGAGACCAAAUUUCAA